AUGUGUGCGGGCAUUUCGUUCAGAUGCGCCGGCAUUCCCCGCUACGACACAGGCCUUGGUGACAGAAUGAAGCAGUUUUAUUCAGUAUACAGGUAUCGCGGGCGGGCGAAGCUGGAACAACCCAGAGGUGGAAAGGACAUCAUGAUGCAUGUUCAACCUGUCUGGAAGGAGCGGAACCACACAGGUCGGGUGGUUCCUGGGGAAAUGAGGCUAGAGAGCCGGUGGCUUGAAGAACCUCCGGACGUUGGCUUUGCACCGCCUUUCUUUGCGCAGACUGUCACGAACGUUCUUUGGCUCUCUUGCCUCACCUACCUCGAUUCACUUCCUCCACCAUACACAACAUUCUUUUGUUGCUCUCUUGUGCAUCACCAACUUCCCUCUGCCGGAAUCACCGCCUGCUCCCCAUAUACCCCGGUGCAAGCGAUUUCCACUACCGCGCGCAUUCUUAACACGUCAACCAAAGUCUCCGGUGCCGUAUUCGACGCCGACUUUUCUUUCCCGACGGCAACGCGUCUGCUUCACCCGAUAUUCGCCAUAUCGGCGCCAAUCAAUAUGACGGUCCAGGUCGUCCUCAAUACCCCGCUGGCGGAUGCUUUGAGCGCCGCCAUCCAGCCCAAAUUGAUCGAGGCCGGCUGGGCAUCAGGCUCCGACGAUGAUGCCGCGCUCGUCGAAUACAUCAUUCUCAUGCUCGUCAACGGCCGCACGCAGGAGCAGAUUGCCACCGAACUCUCGGCUGAUCUCCUUGGUCUGGGUCCCGAAGAUGCGGGCGCCCAGCAAUUCGCCGCAUGGCUCUUUCAACAGGUUGAGCAGACCGACGCACAACUCAACGGCACCCAACCUUCCGUUACCGAUGCUAUGACUGGCAUGUCUCAAGGAAAUGGAGACUUUGACACCGACAUGGGUGCAGGUGAUGGCAAUGAAUUGAACGCCCCGACUGGCCCGCGAUCCAUGCGAAAUGGUCCCAACCCCCGAGGUGGUCGCGAUAAGCGAAUGCUGGGCCACAUGACCAAGGCUAUGGACAGGUCUGGCGAUUCGGUUCUUCACCGCGUUCGCGGAAACGACAGAAUCAACUCCCAUGCCCGAGGCCCACCUACAGGCCCCAGAGGCGGUAUGGGACGCGGCGGACGACCCAUGAACAACCGUGGAGUGAAUAUUCAAGCUGGCCUCAACGCGAUGGCAGGAAUGAACGGUCAACAUGGUGCCCCCCCGGGAAUGAACCCCAUGGCCCAAGGUUGGGGCAUGCCCCCGCCGCAAGGACAGCCGUCACAAAUGGACCUCAUGGCAAUGAUGGAGCAACAGGCGCAGAUGAUGUCACAACUCCAGCAGCAGCUUAUGAACCAAAGUGGUGGACGAGGUGGACGCCGUGGCGGCAAGUCUUUGUUCGAUCGCACUCAAAAUUCUCGCGGCGGUUUCCGACAACAUCAAUCCAGAGACAAGCAAGAUUCAGCGAUGACGGAAGGCGGAGAGGGAGACGAUGUCGACAUGUCACAAUCGAAGCGCGAACCGCCCAACCCCGACGAGACUGUCUGCAAGUACAACCUCCGUUGCACCAACGGCGAGUGCAAGUUUGCGCAUCAGUCACCCGCGGCACCGCCAGGCACCACAGUCGACAUUAACGAUGUAUGCACUUUCGGUGCCGCAUGCAAGAACCGCAAGUGCGUCGGACGGCACCCAUCUCCAGCAGCCAGACUGGCGCAUCAGAGCGAGCAAGACUGCAAAUUCUUCCCCAACUGCACGAAUCCGAGAUGCCCCUUCAAGCAUCCCGAGAUGCCGCUGUGCCGCAACGGUGCUGGGUGUACGACUACGGGUUGCAAGUUUACACAUGUUAAGGUCAAGUGUAGAUUCAACCCUUGCAAAAAUCCUCACUGCAUGUACACCCACGAGGAAGGCCAGCAGGGCGUCUUCAAGGACAAGGUGUGGACUGCCGAGGGUGUCGACGACCACGUAAGCGAACGUCAGUUUGUCGACACAAACGCACAAGCAGAAGUGAUUCUCCCCGAUUCAGAGAACGCUGUGAACCAAGAGCAGAGCAAUGCGCAGGAGCAGAGAGUUAACGCCAUGCAAGAAGCGUUGUCUCUAGCAGUGAGGCUGACUAGACGGGGGGCGGUGGAUUGGAGGAGAGCAGUUGGCUCGGAUUGGCGUCUCGCAUCAGACCUGAAUGGGAGCGGCGACUUCUUGUAUGAUAAUUGGACGAUGAUGUAUGCCGAAAGCGAUCUGGCACUUUGGGCGUUUUGCGGGUGCAAUUAUUCUCUUAUUCAAAACAUGCUGUCCUCUGUAGUAGCCACACUCUAUGUUCUCUGGUCUUUGUUCCUCGAUAUCUUGUGUGUCAAUCAUUAUCUGACUGUUCUCAUUUUCAUUCUAGUCUGCAUUAGUAUUGAUUUUGACUAUCCUGGGAAAGCAAUUGGCCUUCAAGACGUCAAAGCUGCCCAUGUUGGCAUCCAUGUCGUGACGCCACUUUGCAGCACCAACAUCUCUACCAACGGUCAACCUCGGAUUACCACUCUCUUCCUUUUUCUUCCCCAUUCACCUCUUUUUCGGAUCAUUGGACCUUACCAAAUGGUGCUUAGAAGAGCUGACGAUGCAUUCAUGGCUCUACUGAGGUCCUACCACUCCCAGCGCUUCUGCAGUGCAGCCCUCGGCGGCUGCGGCAGAAGCGCCGCCGCCGCCGCCGCCAUCAUGCCGGCGCGACGACCCUUCUCGACAACCACCGUGGUCGCGAGACAAGAACGGCGACGAAGCCAGAAAGAGGCAGAACCAAUCUUUACAAAGAACAUCCAGGUCCCCACCGAUAUCGCCGUCGUCGGUAGCGGCAUUGCCGGCCUCACGACCGCGCACUACCUGGCAAAGCUACUCCCCGAGACGUCCAACAUCACCAUAUACGAGGCGGGGGACCGGGUGGGCGGUUGGAUCAACACGCAGGAGCUCGAGGUCGAAGUCAAUGGAAAGAAGAAUAAUGUGCGCUUCGAGCGCGGGCCGAGGACGCUGCGCGGUAUGGGCAAGGAUACAUGGAAGUUCGAUGAUCUCGUGCUCUUCGACAUGAUCAGAGACCUCCAAAUGCAAGGCGAAUACCUAGGGAUCAAGUCCCCGCCCCGGUACAUCUACUACCCGGACCACCUCGUCGAGAUGCACCCGCGCAACGUCUUCCGCGAAGCCGCCUUCAAGGGCAUCAUCCCGGGCUUCCUGAACCUCAUGUGGCGCCGCCAAAAGGCCCGCGAGGAGGUUAAGCCGGCCGACAUGUCCGUCGCCGACUUCAUCGCCACCUACACGGGACGCUCCGAGCUGACAAACAACCUCGCGUCGGCCAUGAUCCACGGCAUCUGGGGCGGCAACGCCGAUAAGCUGAGCAUGCGCAGUUUCAUGCCCGGGCCUUGGCACCGCUUCUUCGACAGACCGUAUAAGGAGGACGACUUUGUUUCGUAUCCCCGGAGCGAGGUUGGCAUAAUGGCUACGUUGGGCCAAGAUCAGGAGCUCCGGCAGUACCUGACGUCGGCGCAGAAGGAUCAGCUCGUCUUCUUCGAGAAGGGCAUGAGCAGUCUGCCGAAUACUAUUGCGGAGCACCUGAGGAGGAGGAAGAAUGUUACGUUCAAGAUGGGCGAACCCGUCACCAGCCUGGAGUACGAUAACAAGGGCAAGAAGGUCAUGCUCUCAUCACCAAGCUCGACAUCCCCAACACCAUAUGACAAGGUCAUCUCCACCACCACCAGCAAAGCCCUCCACGCCGCGACGGGAGACGCCCUCCCCUCCCUCGCAAACUCCCCCAACGUCUCCAUCAUGGCCGUGAAUCUCUGGUACCCGCAGCCGAACCUCAACGCCGCCCACCCAGGCGUCGGCUACCUCGUCCCGCGCGCAACAGACUCCAACCUCGAAGGCCUCCUCGGCGUCUUCUUCGACUCGGACGUCGUGCCCCGCGCCCCCGACGAGCCCGAAGGCACCAAAUUCUUCGUCCUCAUGGGCGGCCACUACUUCGACGGCCUCCCUGACGACGCCCUCCCCACCGAAGCCGAAGGCAUCGAGAUGGCCAAAGCCGUCGUCGAACGCCACCUCGGCAUCCCCCAGUCCACUCCCGCAUUCGCUAUGGCGAACCUCGCGAAAGACUGCAUCCCGCAGCACCACGUCGGCCACUACAAGCGCAUGGCGCACGCGAGCUACGAGCUGCGCGACGCCUUCCAGGGCCAGCUGACCGUCGCGGGCGGCUCCUACACGGGCAUCGGCGUCAUGGGCGCCCUGCGCGCGGGCUACGACGUCGCGGUACACAUUGCCCAGUCUGCGCAGGAGCACGUCGGCGACACGGGUCUCGGGCAGUUCGAGGGCAACACUGAAAUAUUUUCGUCGCCUCGGUGGCGACUACGUAACCUUGGGCGUGAUAUCGACGAUCAGAUUGGCUCGUGUUUUGCAUCACUGUCUAUCAUUGUCAUUGUCGAAAUCAAUCUGUUUUUCGAAACCUUUGCACUCCCUGUGUUGUCUUUUCAUGAUAAACUUCAAUCACCAUGA